AUGUCUCAAGCAGAACUUCACGAUGAAGGUGCUACUACUGCACCAUCUACAAGUAGCGAUUUGCUUUCUGUAAUUGGUGAACUAGUCAGCCUAUGUAUCCGCUUAUCUGCAAACGUAACUUCACUGGCCAAGACAUCCGCCGAUGCUUCUCGCAACCUAGUGAGUCCGAUGAAGACAAUGAGUCUGCUUUACAACAAUUUGACGCGAUUUCUCGAGCUCAAAUCUGGCCGGCCAUUCGCAAGGAUGCUAAUCUUUCGAAGGCUUGAGCCGUUAUUGGCAUGCCUUAGCCCCCCAACAACCAGUUUGGGGCUCCCUCGGUAUGGCCUCUUUGUACUUUUCCUGACAUGGUGGAUUUGGCGACAUAGUAUCACGUGGAUGCUUGCCCGAGCCGUAAUGUGA